AUGUUGAUAUGCUUGGGAGUAUUUGCCUGUGUCACAGCCCUCUAUGCCGCUGUACCAUCGAAAUUUGAGUUAAACGAUUAUGAAAACUUGGUAAAACCAAUCCAAUUCGAUAGAUCUGUUCCUGAAUAUGAAACUGUAUUGACACCGGGCGACUUCGAACUGGGAGCAGAGAUAGUUGACAACUUGCGAUAUAUGCAACCAGAUGUAGAUUCCGAUGCAAUGUACGGAACAACGCGUUUUGAAGGAGACAUUGCAAACGAAAAUGCAAGUUUAAUUCUUUUUUCGGUGACAGAAAAAAAGACACUUGAGCUGAAUGCGUCAACGAUAGAGUUAUUUUUGAAUGGAGGAGCACGUCCAGGUAGCGGAAACUGGUACAACGCCAUAAGAAAUCGACAUCAACUUUGGCCAAAUGGUCGGAUUCCUUACACAAUCAGCAGUCAAUAUAGCAGUUAUAGCCGUUCUCUGAUAGCCGCUUCAAUGCAAGAAUAUUCGACUCAUACAUGCAUUCAGUGGGUUCCAAAAACAAACAACGAUGUCAACUACGUCUACAUUUUCCCUGAUCGAGGAUGUUACUCCAUGGUAGGAAAGAUUGGAAUUAUUAUCCACGAACUGAUGCAUGCUGUAGGAUUUUUCCAUGAGCAAAGCAGAACUGACAGAGACGACUUCAUUACCAUUCUUUGGAAUAAUAUCCAGCCCGGAAUGCAGGGACAGUUCGAAAAGUAUGGUCAAGGUACAAUCCAAUCGCUUGGGACAACAUAUGAUUAUGCUUCCAUAAUGCACUACGGCGGAAAGGCAUUUUCACGCAACGGUCAGCCAACAAUGGUCCCAAAGCAAAAAGAUGGUGAGAAGCCUGGAACUACUACAGAACGCGAAACUGUGGCUACGACGACGGCUGCGUCAACGACUACACCAGCUCCAAUAACGACAACGAUUCAGACUUUUCCAUCAACCUUCAGAACAAUUCGUCCAUCUCCAAAUACCAUACCUGUAAUUGUUCCUGAGUGCAAAAAUAUGAGAGGAGAUUGCGAUGAGCUCGGAAGACAAGGUUGGUGUGAGCGAAACCCUGCGUGGAUGAGAAUAUACUGCCCGGUUCCUUGUGGAUUCUGCGAAAAGCAACCAACUGUUGUAACAACGUACUGCAAAUUAUCGCAAAAUUUCAUGAAAACCUAUUGUGCGAAGAGUUGCGGUUUUUGUUUCAAGCCUCCACCAGUUGAAGCAAAUACACAGUCACCACCAACUCUUAAUACGAAUUUACCGCUAAUUACCAUGUGGAGGACAUCAACAAGUUCGCCUACGUUAACCCCUAACACUGUGUUCCCCACACUUGCUCCGUCACCUUCACAUGUCUGCAAGGACCGCAAGCACUUCUGUGCCCACUGGAAGACGGCAGGAUUCUGUGAAGGAAUUUUCAUGAACUACAUGAAGAAAAACUACCGAACAAUUUAA